AUAUUUAUAAUCUGAGCAUGCUGGAGUUAUGACAUCAUCCGGCACUGCUAACCAUGACCAGCGUUGGGGGAAGCAUGCAAACCGUUCUGUCAUGGGGACAAUGGGCUGUGAGAAGACUUGCGCGGCGGAGAAACUCCUGAGACCUCACAGGGAAGUGGUGGAAAGCCAGAAACAGAGGUUAGCCACAGCAAAGAGGAGCAGUCGGAUGAGAAGCACAGAUAAGCUGAAAAAUUAUGUUUUGCCCCUUCACUGUGUGGACAACGUUCAUCCACUAGAGGACAACAGCAGAGCUCCACAACUACACCAAGAGUCCCUGAACCACCAAAAGCUCCAUCAAAAGUUACUGGAGACUGAGAUCAGCACCAGAAAGAAGGAGUGUGAAGCACUCGAAGCAGAGGUGAAGAAAAAGAAUCAAACAUGUCAGACUUUGGAGAAUGAACUUCAAGAAUUCCUGCAGGAGAACAAGCACUUGAAUCUUCAGUGGUUCAACAACAGCCACAAAGCAUCUGAGUAUGAAAAGGUGAAAUCAGAGUAUGCCCAGCUCAAAGAGAGGCUUGGUGUUGUGACGCAGGAGAGAGAUUUAGCCCUGUGGGAGAGGAACCAGCUCCAAGGCAAACUGGAGAACCUAGAGCAGGUGCUCAAGCAUAUGCGUGAGGCUGCAGAGCGAAGGCAGCAGCUAGAGUUGGAGCAUGAGCAGGCCUUGGCUGUACUCAAUGCAAAGCAGCAGGAGAUUGACCUUCUUCAGAAGGCUCAGGUUGAGGCUAAAAAGGAACAUGAAGGCGCUGUCCAUCUGUUAGAGAACCACUUGGACAGCAUGCAGGCCAAAGUCCGAGAGCUGGAGGAGAAAUGUCGGUCUCAGAGUGAGCAGUUCAACCUCCUCUCAAAAGAGCUGGAGAAGUUCCGGCUUCAGGCUGGGAAAUUCGACAUCCUUAGCACUGAACCCUUAACUGUGCGUGAGUCUCCGGGGUCCCCCAACAAAUCCUUGUCACAGCUCCUCAAUGGAUUGGCUGCUCCAAUCGAGAAAGACAAUGAGGGUCCAACAAGCAGAUCUUUGAUAUCUGAAUUCAUUCGACCACUCCAGAUAAGUGGAGACAAGCCCGAGCUCCUCUCUGUCAAGCCAACAUUCCUCAGUCGCAGUCGAGCCAGCAGCCCAGCACGAGCUUUCCUCUCUGAGAUGGACAAAGGGCUGAGCUCAACUACCAGGUCCAAACCACGUUUCACAGGGAAAGUCCGUCUGUGUGUUGCCAGAUAUAGUUACAAUCCUUAUGAUGGGCCUAAUGAGCACCCAGAAGCAGAGCUCCCUCUGGUGGCAGGGAAGUACCUCUAUGUUUAUGGAACAAUGGAUGAGGAUGGCUUUUAUGAAGGAGAGCUGCUGGAUGGACAGCGGGGGCUCGUCCCAUCAAAUUUUGUGGAAUUUGUCCAAGAUGACGAUACGCCCUCUGCCCAACACAGGAACACUACGGUUAAAGAACCAGGCUACCUCAACCACAGUAGCCUGGGGCCUCCGCGACAUUCGAGCGGCACCGGCACAAGACCAAGCAUAAGCAGCCUGCUCUCUGACAGUAAGCUAGACUGUCUAAGCACCAGCAGCUUGGACAUGGACCUCCUGGGCUCCUCCAGCAACGGGACCGGAACCUUGGACGUCAGUAUUGAUGAGGUCGGUGAAGACAUUGUGCCUUAUCCCCGCCGCAUCAACCUGAUCAAACAACUAGCCAAGAGUGUGAUUAUUGGCUGGGAUCCUCCUGUGCUGCCACCGGGAUGGGGCCCAAUCAGUGGCUACAAUGUACUGGUUGAUAAAGAGGUCCGGAUGAGUGUCCCCUACGGGGGCAGGACAAAGUCUCUAAUCGAAAAGCUCAAUCUUGCCACCAACACGUACCGCAUUUCCGUGCAGAGCAUCACAGACCGGGGCCCAUCAGAUGAACUCCGCUGCACUCUUCUUGUGGGGAAGGAUGUAGUGGUGGCACCAUACUACCUGCGGGUGGACAGCAUUGCUCAGAGCUCCGCUGAGCUGUCUUGGAUGCCCAGCAACAGUAACUACAGUCACACUAUCUUCCUCAACGGUGCAGAGUAUGACAUGGUCAAGGCUGGGGGCUACAGGUACAAGUUUUUCAACUUGAAGUCCAUGACAGUUUACAAGGUGAAGGUUGUUGCACAGCCACAUCAGGUGCCUUGGCAGCUUCCAGGUGAUCAGCGGGAGAAGAGGGAAAUCUCUGUGGAGUUCUGCACUCAGCCUGCAGGGCCCCCUCUCCCUCCUCAGGAGGUACAGGUCCAGUGUGGCCAGACUCCAGGGGUCCUGCAGGUCAGAUGGAAGCCGCCUCCCCUGACACCUUCAGGAACCUCUAAUGGGGCUAGUGUAAUUGGCUAUGCUGUUUGCACAAAGGGACAAAAGAUAGCAGAGGUCUUGUACCCCACAGCCGAUUAUGUGAGCGUGGAUUUAAACAGGAUUCAAGGCCUGGAGGCCAGAGAAGUAAUUGUAAGGACGUUAUCAACCCAAGGAGAGUCCCAGGAUUCCCCCGUGGCCACGAUCCCACACAACCUCUUGGGCUCUCCGCGCCUCUCCCACAGAGUCACUGCACCUCCCCCUUCGAUGCCCCAUCCGGUGCCACAGCCUCAUCCAGUACACUCCCAGACCCAUCCUCCUUAUCCAUCGACAUAUCCCCCCAACCACCCCCAGCCCCAGGUGCAGCCUCUGCCCCGAGCUCAGCCCCACACGCUGCCCCACGCGCAACCGCACUCGCAGCCCGUCUGUCACCCUCCUCCUCAUCCUCAGCUCCACUUUCAGCGCCACUCCAUACCCAAGUCGAAACCAUUAAUAAGUGCCAGAGAGCCAGAAACCAAAGAGCACGAGGUGGGCCUGCGGCUGGCCCAGCCGUGGGAGCGGGCCCCCUCUCCGCUGCCGCCCAUGCACGGAGCCAACUUGGAGCCUCCGCACUUCCCACCACGGCGAUCCCCCUCUCCUCAGAGGAUCCUGCCACAGCCUCAGGGAGUCCCUAUACCCAACACCAUCGCCAAGGCCAUGGCCAGGGAAGCUGCUCAAAGAGCGUUUGCUGAGGGUAAUCGGGUCGAGAAGCGCAAUAUCUUCAGCGAUCGAGGUAACGCCUUGCAUCCACUCAACUCGGACGAGGAAGAGGACGGCUACGACUCUCCGCAUGCAAGACGAAGAGGAGCCUCAGUUGAUGAAUUCCUCAGGGGCUCAGAGUUGGGCCGACAGCACCACCAUCAUCACUACAGCCACAGUGAGGAGUACCACACCGAGAGUAGCCGGGGCUCCGACCUGUCGGACAUAAUGGAGGAGGACGAGGAGGAUCUUUACUCCGAGAUGCAGCUGGAGGAGGGUCGCAGGCGCAGCAUCAACUCUCACAGCACCCUUAAGGCAUAUUACAAGCGUCAGGACUUAGCUGAAGAGAGAGACUGUUGGGAUCUCCAGAGGGAAGUGGUGAAGCAGAGGUCGCUCCGCAGCAAGCGUCUCCACAGCAUCCCGGAGGUGGCCGAGGAGGAGUCGGACAGCCUGGACAGCAUGGGCCAGCAUCUGAGCUUCAAGGAGGGUGGGCGGCCGGGCACGCCACAGACUCAGCGGAGGUGGUACCCCCAGGAGAGCCACCACGUGCGCGACCACCUCACCCCGGGCAAGAACAUCCGUCUGCAGCGCCAGCGCUCCUCCCCUCGCUUCACCGACGGCCGCUACGGCUACAGUGCGGACGACCGCAGCUACGGACGACCCAACCGGCAGAACACCAAGAGCCCUGACAGCGGCUUGGACUGCGGCAGCGAGGAAGAGGGGUCCCUGGGACGGGGUCACCGAGGGUAUUACGCCCAUGAGAGCCCCAUUCGGGGGCCUGUGCGCAUCAUCCACUGUGAGGGCCCGGUAGAGAGGCGAGCCCUGGCAAUGGGCCGUAAACGAACUCUGACCCGUCAGUGCAGCGUAGAGGAGGAGUUCUCUGACGCCCCGGUGACUGCUGACAAAUCGGUACACACGGGCGACUUUAGGAACAGGGAGCACAUGGGGUCUGGUCGGGAGGUCGGGCCACGAAACUACUCCAGGGAAGGAGCCCUGAGCGAGGGCAGGCUGAACGAGCUGGACAGGGUCUAUUACAGCCCCCACAGGGAGGCUAGAACCCAGUCUCUGUCCAGGCUCAACCGGGACCAGCCGCUGAUUAUUGGGAACUCGCCAUCACACGGAAGCCCCGAUCGCCUGGACCACUCAGGGAGGAGGCCGGUUCACAUCGGCACCCCUACGCAGCGACGACCCAUCCCAUCCAUUGAGAUCACCAUGGACAGUAACAGUGAGGGGAGUGAGGGGAACCUCUCACCCGUCAAGGAGGAUGUUUACUAUGGCAGUGUAGCUCGGCGCAGGAUAUGGCGAUCUUUGUCCUCAGAGGAUCAAUAUGACGGCUACGGCGGACGCAGGCACGGCCGGGGACGCCAAUCCCCAGAUUAUUUUGAGGAGUCCGAAUCGGAGGACCUGACCAGAGUGUUUGUGGCUCUGUUCGACUACGACCCUUUGUCCAUGUCUCCCAACCCGGACGCCGCUGACGAGGAGCUGCCGUUCAAGGAGGGCCAGAUCAUUAAGGUAUUUGGCAAUAAAGACACGGACGGAUUCUACAGGGCAGAGAUCAGAGGUCGUGUGGGGUUGAUCCCCUGCAACAUGGUCUCUGAGAUCCAAACAGAAGACGAUGAAAUGAUGGACCAGCUCCUCAGACAGGGCUACCUUCCACUGAACACACCUGUGGAAAAGUUAGUGAACUGCGACCGUUUUAAAGAUGGACGUUCAAUAAAUCGCAGGUCCAGAAAGUCCAAAAGAGAAAGAAACCGACGGAGCGGCCGUCAGUAUCCAAUGUCAACGCGGAGGAUGGUGGCCCUGUACGACUACGACCCCCGAGAGAGCUCCCCGAACGUUGACGUCGAGUAUGAAGGCAGCAGACUGAAUGAGGAGGCUGAGCUGACUUUCUGUGCCGGCGAUGUAAUCACAGUUUUUGGUGAAAUAGAUGAAGAUGGUUUUUAUUAUGGCGAGCUCAAUGGACACAAGGGGCUUGUUCCUUCCAACUUUCUAGAAGAAGUGCCUGAUGAUGUAGACGUUUUUCUCACUGACUCCCCAUCUCGGUAUCCCCAGGACACUCCGGCGAGGAUAAAGACCAAAAGGGUUCCUUUGGACAAAUCGGGUCCGCACAGAAGAGCACCCUCUCCCACAGUGCGUCCACACAUCCUCGACUCUGGCCCCGCCACCGUGGGGCCCGGCAGUCCCUUCAGGGCCCCUAUGGACGUAUGCUCCUCCAAAAAGAAAAGGGGACAGCUCUCCAAAGGGAAGAAACAAUUUCAAAGACUUGGCGCUGUAAGAUAAAUUUUGGAAAUAGAGGCAUCCACUUAUAUUGUAAAAAAAUAAUAAUAAAAAAAAAUACCGGUGCACAGGUGGCAUUUGCGAGCUUAGCAAAUGUUUUAUUAUUUUACAUCUGUUGUAUAUUAGACUCUUUGUAUUUUGUUAUGGGUUUAAACUCCAUAUUUUCAAUACUGCAUUUCAUAUUAUCGGCCCAUGACCUCAAAGUGUUGGAAGACAUAUUGUGCAGUGCUGCGUACCUCCACGUUGCCGGCUGGUUGCCAGGACAGAGCCCUGAGCGUUCUGCACAUGCUCAAAGCCCUGCAUUUUAUAAAAAUAAAAUAAAAGAAAAAAACAAAGAAAAAAAGUCACACAGGUCAGAGUUGUGUGUCUGCAUUCAGAAAGCAGAAUGUUCACAAACAAACAAACAAAAAAACGAGGGCUAAAUUACAGCUUGGAGUUCUUAUUUAAUCAAAUGCAACACGUGGAGCGUGUGGAUUGGAGCUGGAAGAGAGCAGCCAGUUGAAACGGGAGCUUUACGUGCUUUUUACUUUCAGCACAUUCCCUCCUGACUCCCCCUUCAGAGCACACGCAAAAAGGUGUCGGGCUCGUUGUUAAAAGUUGGGGCGCGCAGCAUACGGACAAAUCAGCAGAAAAACAAAGCAAAAAAGUCUCUCUUCUGCUCCAUUUCAACAGCUGUGGCAGUGGCAUGCCUCUCCUCCCCCACAGACUUGGAAAACAAGCACAUUCUGUAUCUACUACAGGGUCUCUGCAGUAAAUACUUGUUGAUCAAACCUCCAUGUAUUUGCCUUAUAAUCGCACAAUGGUUAGUGAUAUGUCGAGCAGAUGCUAUUCCUAACUGGAUAUGCAGGGUGAGUCCUGUUUUCUACAGAGCUGCCAGACUCCCAUGUCGUCGUUUAAAAUCAAAUAAAAUCCUCCCUUCAUAGCAAAUUCUAGACUGAUUAAAGAGUGAAGUUGUGCCACCAUAUUGAUGCAGUGCAAAAUAAUAGGAUUAGUUUGACAAACAAACCCUUAGGAUUGAUUUUUUUUUUUUACAUUAGCACUAACAUCAUUGUGCAGCAGCUGAUUUCCUGCAUGCAACCGUUGAACUGUAGGUUUUAGUUACUUAACAGCAGUAAACUAUGAGACACAAGGCUACCUCUAUGCUGCCCUUCCCAUCUCUCCAACUGUGUUCUUACACACCAGUCUGUCAGUGAUGCCUGUUGUACGUCUCAAAUUCCAUUGCUGCAGGAUACAAGUACUGUAUGUCAAUAUAUAUUCAGAUAUCUACACCUUAAUGUAGUGAAUGUACAAAGAAUUGAAAGCCAAUGUAUUAUCCGAGCUGCCCAAACAGGAUUGUGCAGACGUCCGACUUUGUGCAUGAGCUGAUCAGUCCGUCUCCUCGUGCCGUUUUUCCCCAUUUCAUCCUCCAGCACAUUUAAAGUUGAGCCUGUUUUCUAUAUACAAGAGUUAAACUGCCAAAAAAAAA